AUGCAGCUGGUGGGGCGCCGGGCCCACAUCGUCAACUUGGACCCGGCGGCGGAGCCGCUCGAGUACGAGUUCACCGUCGACAUCCGCGACCUCAUUCUGCUCCAGGACGUGAUGGAAGAGAUGGACUUGGGGCCCAACGGGGGGUUGGUGUACUGCUUUGAGUUUUUGAUGAACAAUUUGGACUGGUUGGACGAGGAGAUUGGCGAUUAUAACGACGAGUACCUCAUCUUCGAUUGUCCGGGGCAGAUCGAGUUAUACACUCAUAUCCCGGUGCUUCCCGUGAUCACUAAGCAUUUACAGCAACAGCUUAACUUCAAUUUGUGUGCUGCUUAUUUGCUUGAGCUGUCGUUUGUCGUUGAUCCGCUGAAGUUCUUUUCCGGGGCGCUUCUGGCGAUGUCGGCGAUGAUCUUGCUUGAAUUGCCCCACAUUAACAUUUUGUCCAAGGUGGACUUGAUUAAGGAUAACUAUGGCAAGAAGAAGCUCAAGCAGUUCUUGAACCCCGACCCGAUGUUGCUUGCAAAGCAGGACCUGGAGUUUAACCCUAAGUUUGCUAAGCUCAAUAACCUGAUUGCUCAGUUAGUCGAUGACUUCGGCAUGGUGCAAUUCUUACCGUUGGAAGCAGGCAACAAAGACUCCGAUCUGGUGGCCACCAUCCUCAGUUACAUCGACGACGUCACCCAGUGGAGCGAGGCCCAGGAACCUAAAGAGCCCAACGAUCUCGCCGACAUCGACGAAAUGGAAACCAAUUACGAAUAG